AUGCGCGGCAGCCCAAAACUCAACAAACAGAGACGCCCUGUAUCUCAACUGCGGCUGGGUCAGCGUAGCACCAGCAUGGGUCGACUGGCGGACAACUACGCGGAAGAGAACGGUGUUAGGUCGUCAUCCACACCACCCGUACCGCCGCCCGCUCCGCCGCUCGCUCCGCCGCCAGCUCCGCCACAAAACCCUCCCACUUUCGCAACUCCAAACAAACCAAAAGUGGCACCCCCAGCGCUGCGAGAUGUUCAGCCACAAAUGUCACUCAAUGGCGAAGAAGACCCCGCCUCCUUUUGUCAUCCCUUCGCUACCUCUACCUUCUUUUUCUUUCGCGUUUCCUGCUAG